GUGGGUUAAGGGGGGGCUGCGAGAGUCCUUCUUUGCCCAUGUGUGCCCUCUGAGCCUGAUGGGAGUUGUAGUUCUGCAGGGAAGCUCAGGGUUGUCUAUGGAAACUCAACUGGCCUUUAGGAGUCCCACGCCUCCUCUCCGCCAGACCGCAGUGCAGAGGCUACGGGCGGAGCAGCUGGUUCGGAAUCCACCUUUCGCUAUGCUACUGCUGCUGUGCUUGGCGUUGGUCGCAGCCUCCGCGCUCGCGACACCGGCCCCAGGGGCAGCGGGGCACAGACGGCGGGGGACCGAGGCGCCUAACGUGGUGCUGGUCGCCAGCGACUCCUUUGAUGGAAGGUUAACAUAUCAACCAGGAAGUCAUGUAGUAAAACUUCCUUUUAUCAGCUUCAUGAAAGCACACGGCACCGCCUUUCUGAAUGCCUACACAAACUCUCCAAUCUGUUGUCCAUCACGUGCAGCAAUGUGGAGUGGUCUCUUCACUCACAUAACAGAAUCCUGGAAUAAUUUUAAAGGUCUAGAUGCAAAUUAUACGACAUGGAUGGAUGUCAUGGAGAAGCACGGCUAUCAGACACAAAAAUUUGGGAAACUAGACUAUACUUCAGGACAUCACUCUAUUAGUAAUCGUGUGGAAGCAUGGACAAGAGAUGUUGCAUUCUUACUCCGACAAGAAGGCAGGCCUAUGGUUAAUCUUAUUCCCAGUAAGACUAAAGUGAGAGUAAUGGAAAAAGACUGGCAGAACACAGACAAAGCCAUCAAUUGGCUGAAAGAGGAAGCAGUUCAUUACGAUAAACCAUUUGUUCUUUACUUGGGACUAAACUUACCACACCCUUACCCUUCGCCAUCUUCAGGAGAAAACUUUGGCUCUUCAACAUUUCACACAUCUCUCUAUUGGCUUGAAAAAGUAUCUCAUGAUGCCAUCAAAAUUCCAAAGUGGUUGCCUUUGUCAGAAAUGCACCCUGUAGAUUAUUACUCCUCCUAUACAAAAAACUGCACUGGGAAGUUUACAGAAAAAGAAAUUAAGAAUAUUAGAGCAUUUUAUUAUGCUAUGUGUGCUGAGACAGAUGCCAUGCUAGGUGAAAUUAUUUUGGCUCUUCGUCAGUUAGAUCUUUUCCAGAAAACUAUUGUCAUAUAUACUUCAGACCACGGAGAGAUGGCCAUGGAACAUCGGCAGUUUUAUAAAAUGAGUAUGUAUGAAGCCAGCACCCAUGUUCCACUUCUCAUGAUGGGACCAGGAAUUAAGGCCAACCUACAAGUGCUAAAUGUGGUUUCUCUUGUGGAUAUUUACCCUACUAUGCUUGAUAUCGCUGGGAUUCCAGUGCCUCAGAACCUGAGUGGACACUCUUUGCUGCCACUGGCAUCAGAACUAUCUGAGAAUGGGCACUCACUCAAAGACCUCCACCCACCUUGGAUCCUGAGUGAAUUCCACGGAUGCAAUGUAAACGCUUCCACCUACAUGCUUCGAGUGGACCAGUGGAAGUAUAUAGCCUACUCUGACGGUGCUUCGGUACCGCCUCAACUCUUUGAUCUUUCCUUGGAUCCAGAUGAACUAACAAAUAUUGCUACAAAAUUCCCAGAAAUUACUUAUUCUUUGGACCAGAAGCUUCGUUCUAUUAUAAACUACCCUAAAGUGUCUGCUUCUGUCCACCAGUACAAUAAAGAGCAGUUUAUCAUGUGGAAACAAAGUGUAGGACAGAAUUAUUCAAAUGUUAUAGCAAAUCUUAGGUGGCAUCAAGAGUGGCUGAAAAAACCAAGGAAGUAUGAAAAUGCAAUCCAGCGGUGGCUUAAAACCCACACUGCUCUGGUAACUGUGCUCUAGAGCGACAGAUGACUGUGUUAUCUACUUUAACUGGAAGUGUUAGUAAUCACUGACUUUACUUACUUUUAAACCAUGUAUUCUAUCUUAAGUGCCAAUGAUUGCAGAACUACAGAAUCUAAGAUGGUCACUAUUAAGACCUUACAAAUCUCUGACACUUUAAUAGUGGAAGUAUUUAAAGGAUAGGAGCAGAUACUCUUAAGUUAUAUUUCUUGGGAUAAUGUAGAAUAUGAAAUAUUUUCAUAGCUAUUAUUAUUUAUGAACCAUAAAUGUGAGCCAUGAUGUUUCAAGGGUGAUGGAACUAUUUGGAUGCAUUUGCUGUGUUAAGACUAUCUAAUGAGACAUAGACCCUGGAUAUCACUGACUUUAUUCAAAAGGUACAAAAGGGUCAGCAGUGGACAUGAAGUCUCCUUGUUUUCCAAGUCAGUUUCCCUUCCAAAAGGAACUAUGAAAAUCAUCGUGGUUUGCAUCCUUUGGUGGACAAGCUACAACUUUUCCACAUGCAGGCACACACACACACACACGCACACACAUACAAUUGAUAAUGUAUGUUUUGUCUUGCAUAUUGCUUCCUUAUGUAUUUAUUUCCACUUAACAGUUGAUACUUAUAAGUAAAAUUACUGGAUCAAAAUUAUAUCAACAAAAAAUAUAUA